AUGGAGACGUCGUUCGACCACACGCCCGCGCAGCUCGACGAGCUCCCGGGCAUGCAGUACAUGUUCCUCUUUCAGCACGAGCGCGACUGGGUGGUGUCGUGGGAGCCAGACUUUUGCAAGCAGUCGCUGCCUAUGGUCGUCGCUCUUUGCGUCGUCUACUGCGUCCUGUGCUUUGCCGGUCGCCGCAUGAUGCGGGACGUCAAGCCGUUUGACCUGAAAGUCGCUCUCGCACUGUGGAACUUGGCCCUCGCUCUCUUUAGUGCCGUGGGCGCUCUUCGGACCGUGCCUUCUCUCCUCAACACGAUCUACUAUCGUGGCGUGUACCACUCGGUGUGCGUGCCGCCGACCCCGCGCUACGGCCGCGGGCCCGUGGGGUUCUGGGUGGUGCUCUUUAUCUUCUCCAAGAUCCCUGAGCUCGGGGACACGGUCUUUAUCGUGCUGCGCAAGAAGCCGCUCAUUUUCCUGCAUUGGUACCACCACGUCACGGUGCUGCUCUUUUGCUGGCAUGCGUUUGGCACGCUUUCGGCGAGCGGGAUCUACUUUGUGGCGAUGAACUUCCCGGUGCACGCCAUCAUGUACUUUUACUACUUCCUCACGGCCUGCGGCUACCGACCGCGCUGGGCGCGUCUUGUGACGAUCGCGCAGCUGAGUCAAAUGGUCGUGGGCGUUGCAGUCUGUGGCCUCAACGUGUACUACAUGAAGCAGGGCAUCGCGUGCGGCGUGGAUCCGGACAAUCUCAAAUGGGGCAUCAUCAUGUACUCGAGCUACUUUGCCCUGUUCCUCAAGCUCUUCAUCGAGCGCUAUCUACUGCGCAGUGCCAAGCAAACGUCGCCCAGAAAAGUCGCCGAGAAGACGCAGUGA